CUUCAUACUGUAUUUAAUGUGUUCCUCCUUAUCUCUCUUUCCUCAGGUAUUCUGAUCUUCAUAAACUGUGCUUACGUGAAGUGGGGCACUUUGGUUCAAGAUAUUUUCACGUACACCAAGAUCAUGUCUCUGCUCCUCGUCAUCACAGUGGGCAUCAUUAAAAUAAUUAACGGAGAAACAAAGAACUUCAUUAGUCCAUUCGAGGGCUCCUCCACGGAGGCGGGCAGCAUUGCCCUGGCUCUUUAUUCAGCUCUGUUCUCCUACUCUGGCUGGGACACGCUCAACUUUGUUACUGAGGAGAUCCAGAACCCUGAGAGGAACCUUCCCAUCGCUAUAGCCAUCUCCAUGCCAAUAGUGACAAUCAUCUACUUGCUGACCAACGUGGCAUACUAUGCCGUUCUGGACAUGCCUUCUUUCAUGGGUAGUGAUGCAGUGGCUGUAACAUUUGGAAAUCAGGUGCUGGGCCCCAUUAGCUGGAUCGUCCCCAUCGCUGUGGCCAUGUCUUGCUACGGAGGACUCAAUGCCUCCAUCAUUGCCGCCUCCAGGUUGUUUUUUGUGGGGGCGAGAGAAGGCCACCUUCCCAACAGCUUAAGCCUGAUCCACGCUGAGCGCUACACUCCUGUACCUGCACUCCUCUUCAAUGCAAAUUCUGUCACCAAAUACACUCAGAUCAUGUGCGUCUGCUGCUUAACUGACCUGGAUGUGGAGCCAGAGAAGUUGGCAGAACCGAAGACCCAAUAA